AUGGGUUUCCUCGACAGGCUCGGAUUAUCACCGUUGCCAGACAACAAACCAUGGUCGUCCAGUCAGAAGCGUAAGCGUGGAAACAUGAGCGGUAUUCCCGCUCAGACCAAACAGCCCAAAUAUGCCUACGCACCAGAGGCCUAUAUGAAUUCGGGGUAUGGUGGUGCUGGUAGCGUUGUGGUCACGGAAGAUGAAGACGAUGCCGGUAUCGGUGGCAGUGGUUACACGCCAACUGAGAUGACCGGGAGGAAGAAGAAGAAUGUCAAGAAGCCAGUGGUUGUGCACCCACCAAAUCAAGACUUGUUUGUCAAAGCAGUCCAGUCCAAUAUCUUACUUAAGAAAGCCGAGGAGAAAUGGGUAAAAGGUGGUCCUGGCAAGAGAUUGGGAACGCUUGAGGAUAUCAAGAAGCAGAGGAUGUUGAAUGAUAGGAUCAUCGAAGCGGUUGCGAAGAAUGGAAUGGUUCCAUCCCCCGAAGCACGCGAACCAGCAAAGAAGCCAAAGACUCCAAAGACGGUAGAGACGACAAAGAAACCAAAGACCAUGUACGUAGUGGUCCCGUCUGGAAACGAUGAAGAAUCCCUGUCUUCCAAUGAAGAAGAAGAGGUAGAGGUAGAGCCUCAGCCUGUCGGCUUUGAGAAGCUGAUAGAGAAGCAUAAGCCUUCUCUGGAUGCUCUUCAGAACUUUCCGCCCAGUGCUCCCCCACCUGCCGGAGGAAAGACGCAAGCUGUCGGAGGGAAGACGCAACCUCUUAAAAUCACACACUGGGGCGGCUUCAAGCCCGCUGUUCUGCCACCUGUUCGGGGUAAGACGCAACCUCCACGCACGAAUGUGUGGAACAGACCGGUAAAAACCCAUCAGACCACUGCUCUACCACCUGCCGGAGGAAAGACGCAGCCUGCCGUGGGGAAGACUCAACCUGCUGGAGCAAAGACACAACCUGCCGGAGCAAAGACGCAUCCUACUGGAGCAAGGACGCACCCUACCGGAGGAAAGACUCAACCUGCCGUAGGGAAGACUCAACCUACCGCGGGAAAGACGCAGCCUGAAACCACAAACCCAUCCUGGGACCUCCACCCCAACACGCGUGCCCGCGUCCUCGGAGAUAAGAAACUUAUCCUCGCCGAAAUCGGCGAACCAGAAUACGCCUGUCGCGAUGUCGAGAUCCGCGAUGCCAUCUGGCAGAUCAUGGACAGGAUGGAACGUUUCGCGAAGCAGCAUUUCGAUGAAGAAGUGGACAAUGCGUGGACAAGGGAUGAGCGAGACGGUAUAGUCUCUGAAUAUUGGUACAUGCGCAUGGGGUUUGAUACUGUCAAGUUGAUUCACUGUGUUGCCUCUGGCGGCCCAUCAGGUGUCUAUGGGUGGCACGAUAUCUUCCUCAACGAGAAGAAGAGACGAGCACUUGUAUGUGCUAUUAUUGGGAAAAUCAUUACUGAGCAAGUGUUCCAACACCCGUUCUUCGGUGGCAGCAAGGAGAAUCUAAAACGCAUUGCUGAUUCCGAAACGAAACUCCGCGAUGACGAUGGCUUCGUCCGCCACCGCUUCAACGCCUUAUAUAUCCGCUCCGUCCUCCAGCCCACGCAAAAAUCCAAGCUAACCCUCCCCCAAAAAUUCACUUCCCACGUCAACGCCGUCCUCUCCGCCCUCUGGGUCCACCUCAGCCACUUAUACAGCCUCGUAAACGCCGAACGACUCUCCCCAACCGAAGUCCUAGUACCCCUCCACACCAUCAUCACCCAAGCCGCCCUCGUAUCCUUGCACAUGCGACUAGACCCCCACACCGUCUACCACCACGCACCCAUGUUCAAAGAAGACAACUUCGACGGCGACCGCAUGGAGUGCUUCAACAUCGCCGAACUCGAUAUCGAAAACCCUCACAAGGAGCUAGCGAAAUGUCCGCCUGAGGAACAGGUUCGUCGCGCCCGUCUCAGCGCCGCAGAGCGCAAGAGAAGCAAGGGCGACAGUCUAGUAACCGCCAUCACUAUCCUCGACGGCGUAACCGCGUACCGCCUCGGUGGCUGGGAGGCUCCGCAUAGUCGUCCCAGCAACGUGGUGUACGAGCGCGACAGCUAUAAAAACAAAGGCGUGCGUACUCGCGUUCUCACGCACGGCUGGGUGUAUUGUAGAUGGGGCCGUGCGCGCAGUGUGCAAAAACCUGCUGCUGAUGCGGAGGUGAAUGAGGAGGAGGGGAGGAAGUUACAUGGGGAUAGUUGGAGGGAGGGCGGCUGGUUGGGGUUCACGGAUGUGCGUGGUGUGAUGGAUUGGUUGGAGGAGGAGAGGGAGGAUAAUAGGUUGGAGAAGCGGGAGAGGAGGGAGUGGGCGGCGAGGCUGCAGGAGGAGAAGGAGGAUAUGCUGAUGAGUGGGGGUGUGGGUGGUGAGGCAAGUGGACAGGGGAAGGGGAAAGGUCAGUCGACACCAGGUAAGGGCACGAGUGUGGCUGCGGUGAGGGGGGGUGAGGCGGUGGAACAGCCGCGGAGUGGAGUGGAGACGUUAAGUCCAGAGGUGGAACAGAUAGGGAGCUCAGAGGCGGAGACGGGGAGUUCGUUGACUCCAGAGUUGGAGACGGGAAGUCCUCAGGUGGACCAGUGA